UCAUGCAGCAGAUGGUCCAGGGCAUUUUCAAUAGCUUUCCAAAUUUCAUCAAGAUGCCUGCUGAAGAAUUGUGGACUAGUAUCAUCACCAAGAAGGAAGCUGACGAUGCUCAAUCCAAGAGUGGUUUCGAUCCAAAAACCGGAAUUUAUCACUCGUUACAUCAACUUGGAGAAAAUCUCCAAAUCCCCACUAGACAUGACCUAGACACGACCAGUUAUGUGCUAUCCCAGUUCCCCCAUCCUGAUCAUGCUGAGACUAAAGUUGCACUUGUUGAUUUGGCUACCAACCAGCAAGUCACCUAUGCUCAGCUUCAUCGAUCCAUCCAUGCCCUUGCAUCAGGCUUGUACAAUGGUCUUGGAGUCCGAAAAGGUGAUGUGGUGUUUCUUCUGUCACCAAACUCAAUCUUGUACCCGACAAUAUGUCUAGCUGUAUUUUCCAUUGGAGCAAUCCUUAGUCCUGCCAACCCAGCUAACACAGUAUCAGAAAUUUUGAAACAAAUACGGGACUCGGGUGCUAAACUUGUCAUUUCAGCACCAGAGGAGUUGCAUAAGUUGGUUGAAAAUGGAGUGCCUACACUAGUUACAACUCGAGAGUCAAAUGACGAUUCACUAUCUGUCAAAGAACUAAUUGAAUGUAGCGGUCCGCUUGAGUUGCCACAGGUCAGGAUAACUCAAUCAGACACUGCAGCUAUACUAUACUCUUCAGGUACUACUGGCACAAGCAAAGGUGUGAUAUUAACACAUUCAAACUUCGUAGCCAUCAUGACCCUCCUGAAAUGGUCAGUCUAUGCAAGUUCAUCACAAAAUGACAUAUUCUUGUGCUUUGUCCCAAUAUUUCACAUCUACGGCCUUGCAUUUUUCGGGUUAGGAUUAUUCUGUGCCGGAAUUACUACUGUGUUAAUGCAAAGAUUUGAUUUUCAAGCAAUGCUUGAUGCUGUUCAAGCUUACAAAAUUAAUAACAUACCUGCAGUGCCUCCAGUGAUACUUGGGCUAGUGAAACGUGCUAACAAAGUCGAGUGUGACUUGUCAUCUUUAAGAAGGGUGGGAUCUGGGGCUGCCCCAUUGAGUAAGGAACUGUCUGACGAGUUUAGGCAAAGGUUUCCAUGGGUAGAGCUAAGGCAAGGUUAUGGGCUAACAGAAAGCAGUGGUGCAACAACCUUUUUCAUCUCUGAUGAGCAGGCUAAGGCACAUCCAGCUUCUUGUGGAAGGCUCGUCCCAACUUUCAGUGCUAAGAUUGUAGAUACUGAAACGGGAUCAGCUUUGCCACCUGGUAGAAAAGGAGAGCUGUUGUUGAAGAGUCCUACUAUAAUGAAAGGGUACUUGGGAAAUGAGGCUGCUACUGCUGCAACAUUUGAUCCAGAUGGUUGGCUGAAAACUGGUGAUAUUGGUUAUUUUGAUGAAGAUGGAUUUCUUCAUAUUGUUGAUCGGAUUAAGGAGCUGAUCAAGCACAAUGGGUAUCAGGUGGCUCCAGCGGAAUUGGAAGCUAUUCUUCUGGGUCAUCCCCAAGUACUUGAUGCUGCAGUUGUACCUGUUGAAGAUGAAGAAGCUGGACAGAUACCAAUGGCAUAUGUGGUGAGAACAGCUGGUUCUGAACUCACAGAAGAACAAGUCAUUCAAUUUGUUGCUAAUCAGGUAGCCCCAUACAAGAAAGUACGAAGAGUGGGUUUCAUCAGCGCCAUUCCAAAGUCUGCUGCAGGCAAAAUCUUGAGGAAGGAGCUUGUUUCCCACAGCCAACUAGUUAUCUCAAAAUUGUAACUUUCCUCCGUUUUUAACCUGAUACCAGACCAGGAAAUGGUGGAGCUGUGGAACUCAGGCGGAAAGGACUUGAAAAAGAGAGCAUAAACACCUCAGAUAAAGAUCAAUGGAAGGAAAUAGUUAUUCAAACUUGAUUUUUUUUUCCCGGUUCUGUACUGUGAGCUUUGGAUAAUUGCGUAUCCAUGUAUGAUAACGUAGAACAGAGUGAUGAUACCUGAUGAUGAAAUAAAAUGCUUUCGAAACCUGGAGUCUCUUACCGUCGUCAUCUUUUGUUGUUCAAGUAGAACUCGUAAUGUAAAGAUCAUAGCCAUUUCCCACCUCGAGGAGGAAAAUUGGACGGAUAUAACCAUGCUACUUGUGAUUCUCAAUAACAACGUCAGAUCUAGAAGAAGAAUGGAUGCUGUGGGUUAAAUUUUACGGAUGCUUUAUGAUGUUUUAUGGAGACGUUUAUUUUUGCAUUUCAAAAACAUUUUUGAAAAAAUUUAAUUUUUUUCUU